AUGUAAAAGCCUUGGAGGACUUGGUCGACUCAACAUUACAUUUACAUGCAUGUGGAUGGAAGAAUUUGAAAGGGGAAAGAGGAUUUUAAUAGAUUACAAAGUAUGUCUUCCACAGCAGUCAGACCUUUGGUAACUUAGGUAAAAAAAAAACACUAUAGAAAUAUUCUGUUGUUUGAGACACUUUCUCAAAUAAAGGGAGGGAGGUGCGUGCAUCCUGUAGUGGAAGAUACAUGGUUUGAUGGACACUUUUCACAUCCAAUGGAGAUACUUGUUCAAUACAUAACGUGAUAAACCUUUUGAAUCAUAUGUUAAAUUAAACCUAAACAAUGUGAUCACACUUUUUUUUUCUUUUUACAAACUAAUAUAAACUUUAAUUUAUUUAUCCAACUCUUAUGCCACAAUAUUUCUUGCUUGCUUUUUCCCCCUGUUACCAUCCCCAUUCCCCCUUAACUGAAAUAAAAACUAAUGAAAGUACUCUGAAAGUACUCUGGCUGUUAGGGAGAGCUAACCAUUUGUAAGAACUGACCUGUAACUUCAGAUUAGACUCCAGCUUGACCACCACCAGCACCACGUCUGUUGUUCUCAUUAUGGUUAUGGGCCUAUCUAUGAAAAAGGGGAAUAUCCCUUUUUUUUUUUCUGAGGUGUUUGUGAAUGGCUUAGUGUCCAGAUACAGCUUGGUGACCAUCUGACUGAUGACUCCUCAGAUUGUCAACUGGCUGCUCUGGAAAAGACUCAACAGGUGCUUAGAUGUUUCUGUUCUGUUUAGAGGAGCUUUUCCACAGUUCCUUUUUUAAAGAACAAACAAACAAACCAAAAAACUACUGUGUUUGUGUCUACUUGUUGUUCCUUACCAAUAUUUGACAUAACGAGUUUGUUAUGCAUAUUUUUGAUCAAGUGGAUUGUUGGAUACUUUCUCCCAGUUUCAGUAAAUGCACUAUCCAAAUAUGGACAUAAAUAAUAGGAGAAUUAUGACAUUACAUUGAUAGAGUAAAUGACAAGUACAAUCAUUGUUACAAAAAUAGAUAAUAACAUGAAGUAAAGAAGCUUAUGAGUUUUAAUGACUUUUGGUUUUGUUAUGGUCUGAAUUGAAAAUGUUACAUAUACAUAGAUAUGUAGUGUACCAUUUAUGAGGCAUUAUAGCCUAUCACUGGAAGUUUAAUCUGUUAUUAACAAUGAUAAUACAUUAUAGUGUAGCUACUGCUAACUGUAAAUGAUAACAUUUCAAAACACACAGGGCUGUCAGGCCUAAAGCUAGUUAAUGACAACUCGAGGCGGUACAAAUCUCCCGCUGACAUUGAACAUAACCCAAAAAUGUCUUUACAUACCUGAUGAAAUAGACAUAUGGCCUUAAUCAGCACAUGUAUACUCUUUUCAAAUAAACCACCUAAUGCAGUGUAAUUCAUGUUUCGCCUGCAGUAACUGUGGGGCUGAUGUUUUUAUUAAGUUACAUGGUGUAGCUUCAUGAAUGUCAUCUUUACGUUUUCUUAACAUAGAACAUUUAGAUAUAGUGUAAGUAGGCUACUAGUUUGGCUAGAUAGCCUAUUUGAUAUAUUCAUAUAGCCUAUCUUUUUACAACCCUAUUCACAGCCAUAAGAAAUUUAGGGACAGAACCAACAAAGCACCAAGGUGCGAACCAAAGUUCAUGUUUUGAUACAUUUUGAUCCAUUCGGUUAGUUUUGGUUUGGUUUCACACCUUCUGCGACCACACUAAAAGACUUUACGUGACAGACUUGCGUUCUGUCAUCAUCAUCUAAGUGGGCUGCAUCUCCCCACUGCGUCUCCCUGUACUUGACAUUGAUUGGUUUAUUAAAUAGGUCGGCAGGUAUCUUUGACAAGAAUGAAUGAAUGAAAAAUUAACAUGUGCAUAGGUAGGCUAUUUGUCGCUAUAUUGUCAUUAUUAUGGCAUUACUACCUGUAGCACCAACUCUACUGAAGGCUAGUUCAAAUUCGCAAAUACACACCCUCAUUGUGCGAAUAACUUCUCCGACAGGAAAGGAGAAGACAGCAAUCCUUCUGCACCUCCGUUUCAGGAGAAACCAUAGGUAUGUGUACCCUACAUUAAGUCUAACACUUAGUCUAAUCACUCUGAGGAAUGAGAUAGGUAAACAGCAAGUGUAAUAUUAGUAAAUAUAUAGGGCUAUUAUAUACAGGCAUUAUUUUGAACUGUGAGUUUUUGAAAUAUAGCUUCUUAUAGCCUAUGCUAUGCUUGAGACUGUAGCCUAAACUCACUCAUAGCCUAUGUUGUGAGAAGUGUUUUUUUCUUUUUAGGGAGCUGGAAACACCUUCUACUGCCCUUGAAGCACAGACUGUAUUUCACCGUUUUAUUGUCAUAUGUAAUAAACAAAGAUGGAAUAAAUUUGCAAAAUUGUGUAUGUGAGUUAUUCCUUUACAUCACAAUUUACAAAUAUUAAAAUAUAAAUAAAUAUAAUAAAUAUUAAAAGCCAGGUAAGCUGGUCAAAAUAUCUUAAAGGACGUUAACAGCCUGUGCCUGUUCACCCUGUUGCCAUCUAGAUAGAAGAUAGACAUGUUUCUGCUGUCACACCACCAGACGGCAGAAGAGCUUUAAACUCAAGCUACAGUUUUUAAUUUAUUUCUGUUUACCAUUCUAUAAUUGUACUGCCUGCUAUGUACCAGAAGGGAGUUACAAACAUUUCCUUUUACAACCAUGUUGUCAUGUGACCAUUGAACAUACCACGUAGGCUAAACAUUGCAGUUGUGGUCAUAAGAUUUUUAAAGAAUAACUAUUAUUGUAUGACUUUCUAAAUAAAUAUUUCCAAAAGUUAGUAAUAUGAUCAUAUUAUAAAGGUUUUUAAUACAUAGAUAUUUGACCAGGUGGUUGUUCCUCAGCAGAGUUAGACCAAGGCUAUAGCGCAUAGGCCUAGCCUAAAUAAUAUUGGAAAUAAUAAUAAUAUUGCCUGAAAAUGGAAAUAAUCCUAACCAUUAACAUAUUCUCACAGAGAGAAAUGCUUUAAAAAUGAGACAGCAAGAAUGAGGAAACAAACGUAAUUGCGUCACACUUGUUGACGUUUUCGCGGUUUUCCGCGGCUUUUCAUUCUCAGUCCGCUCUUUUGAGAUGGUAGAUGAACAGACAUGUCGGAGAGAGGCAGAAGAUUUCGAAGAAGAAUAAGUGAAAUCAGAGACAGAAUGAACGCCCAGUUCAACAGAAUUUUGAAUGAAGACGGACAAGAAGCAUCUUCUCUACUUCAGAGGUGAACUGUUUUUUAUCAUAGACUGUAUAUAAAAAUCCGUUUUUAUAGAUAUUAGUGUAGGCUAUGUUAACUGUUACUGGGUAACGUUAAACUUACACCAGACAUUCCAUAGUAUUGCAUAUUAACGCUAGCAUUUAAAAAUAGUUGAAUUAACAUUAUUAUAAUUGUAGGAUAACCUGUGCAUAAAGUGCAUGUUUCUAAAAUGCUUUUGCUGUUACUUUACAAGAAAAGUAAAAGUCUGGACAUUUAGUAUUUGAAAAGACAUAUUUUCUAAAAUGAUAUUCAAGCCUACAACGUUAAAUCUUUUGGGGAUGAUUAAUGUUAGGCCUUAUUUCCGGGGCUUUUAUCAUUUGAAUUGAAAGUGUUUCACAAAAGGCGCCUAAAACAACAGGUAACUUAAUGGUUACACCAGCUGGCGGCGCUGCAGUCUCAUUGACCUCCUUCUGGAGGAAGAUACAGUGUCUUACAAACUUUGUUUCAACUUCCAAUAUGUCCUACAUCUUCUUCGUACUUGUCAUAUUUUUGUCCCUUUACCAUACAUUAUUUUAUUUACAUAGUCAAUCGGCACAAACAGUGGAAUUAAAGAUAACCUUAGAGUGCUAUGUCAGUUAAUUCAUAUUCAUCAUUUAAUUUAUUUGUUUAGGUUAACGUUCGUACUUCGGGUGAAUAUUUUGACUUGUGAUGAAUCUGACUGGUAAAAACAGUUGAUUUAUCUUGAACUGUGACUUCAUUGCUGCGGUUCUGUUGUCAUGACAAUAAGCCACUAUGUUACGCCAUCUCAUUUAAAAAUCGUGCAAGUUUUUGAUUAUCCUCUUAAUGAACAAGAUUAACAGAAGCGGCCAUUCAGCAAAAGUACCGAAGGCUACAAACUAUAUAUUUAACAAAACAUAUAGGCAUAUAAUCUCAGAUUUUCAAGAUUAUUAAAAGCGGCAACGUGAAGCACCUUUGAGACAAAGCACAAAUUAGCACAAGUAGGACAAUGAAAUUAGGUAAAACCUCCUUACCUGUCAUUUGACAGAAUACAAUGUGACUAGAUUAAUGUGCAGAUUUUACUUCUGGCACAGGCCAUUUCAAUUAAAGUAGAGACUUAGAAUUCAGAAUGUACUGAGAGCAGAACAUAGAAUUUACUUAAUAGUUUUUCUUUUAUUAUGAUUGUUCAACCCAAGAUUGUGGAGGUUGUGCAAAGAGUCGUAACAUUGUGUCUAGCGGAACCUAAUGUAGUUACAAGGAACCUGUUGACAAAGCUUAUUAAAGUAAAUGUUAGUAUUUUAACUGCAUUGCCAGAAUUCAGUCGGAAAUACAGUAGACCUACACCUUUGAAGGACUGCAGUAUAAGUAAUGUUAAUGUUUGUGAGUUGUUACAGUUCAUCAUAUUUUCCGUGUGUAUUUUCAACUAUUCUGUAGAUUCCAAACAUUCAGACGAGAGGAGGGUGGCGGACCAGCCCGGAGACGCAGAUGUAGCACAAGACGACAAAUAACCUUCAGAGUGUCUGUGCUGAGGAGCAGCACAUUGACCUGUUACAGGUCUCAUAGGGAUGCUACUCCUCCCUGUCGGGUCGUCGUCCCUUUAGACCUUGACGAACAGGAGUUUGUUCAAGUCCUUCAAGAAAACAUCCCCGCGUUGCCUGAACACUUUGAGCUUUGCCGAGUCAAUGGGCAGCGCAGCAUAAUAGUGUUGGAGGAGCAGUGCCCAAGGGACAUACAUGCCCAGAAUGCCCUAGGGCGCUCUUGUCUCUACCUACGCCCCAAGGUAUGCAAAUAUGUGACACAGCGCUAGUGUUGUAGUUUUUGGUCUGGUUUGUAGUAUUUUCGUGUUUUUAUUCCUGUUAUGUUCUUCCUCUUGUGUUUUUGUUGUUUAGACCUCCCAGUCUCCACAUUCUUGUUCCUUGUCCAUGAUUAUAUGGUGUUAAGCAUACACCACAUACAUAAGGGUGCAAAAUUAAAGACAACAUAUAACAAUUUCCCCAGGCCAAUUAAAUUGUCUUCAAUUUUGCACCCUUAUGUAUUUUGUAGUAUUUUGACUUCUUGUUUCUUAUCUAGCUUUUUUUCCUGUUAAUGUUGAUUAUCUGAUCUUGUCUAACAAUUUUUCUGUCUUUGGGAUUCUGUUUCUGUUGGGGAUUCUGUAUUUUGGUUCUUGCUGGCCUUCUCAGUUUGUAUUAUUGCUUUUUGUUGGAUAUUUGGUUCAUUUCUCAGACUGCCUGCCUCACCUCCAUUUAAGUGGAUUACCCCUUUUAGUCCUAUUAGUUCGCUUCAGAUGCUACUUGCCUUUACUUAUAAAGAUAUAAAGUUGUGGCUGAAACUGUAUGAGCCUUCACAUGCAUAUUAAUGUUGUUCAUCAUUUCAUUUUAGGAUGUUAUGUCAAACCCCUCCAUACCAGUGGAACAAACACCAGCUGCACCACCAAUUGCAGUUGGGACAACUUCUCCUGCUCCAUCUCCACCAAUCCACACCUCUUCUCCUGCUCCAUCUCCACCAAUCCACACCUCUUCUCCUGCUCCAUCUCCACCAAUCCACACCUCUUCUCCUGCUCCAUCUCCACCAAUCCACACCUCUUCACCUGCUCCAUCUCCACCAAUCCACACCUCUUCUCCUGCUCCAUCUCCACCAAUCCACACCUCUUCUCCUGCUCCAUCUCCACCAAUCCACACCUCUUCUCCUGCUCCAUCUCCACCAAUCCACACCUCUUCUCCUGCUCCAUCUCCACCAAUCCACACCUCUUCUCCUGCUCCAUCUCCACCAAUCCACACCUCUUCACCUGCUCCAUCUCCAGCUCACAAUCAUUUCUAUAUAUCCUCCGCACCAUCGAGCCCAUACCAGGAGGGAACUGAAGAAGCUUUUGACAUCGCUGUGGCACUUCGAUCCCUACAAUCAAGGGUUCACCAUCUGGCUCCCACAGCCAAUCAGAUAAAUGUUCUUCGCAAUGAAGAAUUUGAAUGUGCCGAGAGAGCCUUCCGGCGACCAGCCUUCAAUCCACAGUCCAAGCUGGACAUCGUUUUCAUAGAUGAGGAUGGUCAAGGAGAAGGUGCCAUCGACGAUGGUGGGCCAACAAGGGAAUUUUGUAGGUUGCUAAUGCAACAACUCCAGGAGCAUCAAAUAUUUGAAGGGCCUCUUGAAGCCCGUACCCUGGCCCUUGACAGUGUUGCUCUUCACAACAACACUUAUAGACUUGUGGGCCAAAUGUUGGCAGUUUGUCUCAUCCAUGGAGGGGUGUCGCCACACUUUUUUUCCAAGAGGCUUUUUAAUCAAGUCUGUGGUCUUCCACCUAGUCCAGCAACCAUUGAAGAGGUGGUAGACCACAGCCUUAGGGCAAAACUGGAGAAGGCAAGUUUGGAAGUCAUUACACACUUUACACACCUGUCUCUGGCCAAUAAAUGUUCAAGUAUUUGGUAGUGGCUACUCUCUAUUUCUUUUUAUAAUUUCAGAUAAGCAGUGCAGUAGCGCUACAGGAUGCAAGGCAGGCUGUCAAUGAAGCGGCCGAAGAGUUGGCAAUGAUGGGAGCCCUACGGCACCUCCGCUCGUUGGACCACAGGGGGGAAUUGAUGGAAGCUGUCCUCCAGUUCCACUGUGAAGGCCGAAUCUAUGCAGCCCUCCAACAGUAAGUUGUAUAUUACAAACAGAAAAUGUUAAUUGACAUCAACUGCAGCAAAGCAACUUUACUAGAACCUUGGUGUUCAAAUUACAGUAGUGGGAUUUCUCCUUGAGUUGCUAUUGACACGUGAAGUCAAGUUAUUUUAAAUUAACUAAUCACAAUAUUAAGUACACCAUUUAAAGUAAAUGGUUUCAGGGGAGGCUCGGUGACUGGAACUGAAACCACCAUAUCACCAAGUGAACAUAGAAUAGCCUACAUGUGUGAGUUUGGAGAUACAGUAGUUUUUGGUUCCCCCAUCAGAGUCAGAAACUAAGUCACUGUAGUCAGAAGUCAUGCUAUUUUGGCUCAAAUAUUAAGUGUCUAUGGGAUCAAUUAAUUUAAUCAAGAUCCGAUAGGCAUCCAGGAAUUAAGCAAAGCUUACAAAGUAAACUAAACUAAAGACUUGGUGGGGGGAGCGCUGUUUCCGAAACUUUGUCUGAGGGGAAGCCCGCAGUCUAAGACUUUGAAAACCCCUUGCCCUAGGUGCAUGGUGAGGGAGUAUUGG